AUGAGUGAGGCCCUAGAGAAGCAGCUGCUGUUGAAUAAUACUUCCUUUAGUCAUCAGUUAGCACUUGAGAAGAAAAAGACUAUUGAAGCUCAGUUGAUCACUACAAGUUUACAAAUGGAAAUCAAGUUGCUUAACCAAAAAAUUAAGGAAAAAGAACGAGAACUUGGUGUAAGAAAUAUUUAUGCAAACCGGAUGCUUAAAGGUCAACAGGACAAAGGUAUUUCAGAGUCUUCCCCAAAAGAUAGAAAUGUCAGCAAAUCAGUACAAGUUAAUCUAAAGCUAGAAGAAAUGACUCUUCAAAAGCAUGAGACAAUGAAAACUGCAGUUGGUUUAAAAGAGGAAUUGACAUCCAAAGAUAGAAAUGCAAAAGACACACUGUGUGAUAUGCAUAAAGAGACACUACUAAAAACAGAUGUUCAUUCAGCUGAAAAAUUACCAGUGCAAGAAUUUCCAAAGGAAACAUGCUCAGAAUUCCUAGGGGAAGAGAUUUGUUCAAGUGCUGAACAGUAUUUCAAAUAUGAAAACACAGAAAGACAAAAGAACCGGAGAAAAAGGCAAGGGUUAGACCUAUUGAAAGAAGAGUUUGAAAAAUUAAGGACUGAAAAAUCAUUUCAGUCUAAUGAUGUCCAACAGAAAGAGAGCAACCUGGAAGAAACUUUGAACCAGAAACAAGAAAAUAAGGAAAGCAAACAAGUUGGAAAAUCGAAAGAAGCAUUUUAUGAUAAACUGGCAACAGUAACACAAAGACACAGAACCCCAUCUAAAUUAAAGAAACACUAUGUAUUUACAGAAGCUGUCAACAAUUUGCAUCAGGGAUUACCUUCGACAGGUCCACUAUCCAACAUGAGCACUACAUUCAAUAGUGGACAGGUGAACAGAAACCAUACUGAAAUAAUGGAGUUUAAGGCAGGAGAUUUGACCAAUGUCUAUGAGCCAUCAUUUGGUAAGGCUACCAAAGCAAGACAAAAGGACAUCAGUUCAAUACAUGCUGAAGAUCACAUUCCUACAUUAUCAGUUGAUAAGAAGAUCACUCUUAUGGAAGAACUCUUUGGUCAAAACUGUAUCUUAAAAGACAGUCAUCCAACCUCAAAUGUAAAUGAGCUGGGUAAAGGGAAAAAAAACCUCACAGAGCUAAAGGAUAUAUGAUAUUUCAUAUGCAAACAAUGGUUUGCAACAUGGUGAUUCCAAAGAAGCCCACAUAAAGGUUUUCCACACAGUUGCCUUCUUGGAAAAUUUUAAAUAAUUUAGAUUUUUAUGUUUCCACCUUAAAACAUACUCAGCAUUUUAAACUCUUGAAAAGUAAUGUAUUACCUAUUGAAGACAGUAUUUUUCUCCUUGUAUUUAA